GUUGUUGGCACGGCCAACGCCACUGCGGCCGGUUGGGGCAACCUGGGAGGCGGCGUGACCCAGAUUUUUAUGAUGUCAGUACUUUUCAACCCUAUGGUCGCCUCCGGGCUGGAGCCGAAUGUCGCUUGGCGUGUCUCCAUGGUGGUGCCUGCGGUCAUGUUCGUGCUUUGCGCCAUCUGCAUGAAGCUCUUGUGCUGGGAUAUGCCUACGGCACGCAACUACGAUCCGACCGUGACCGGCAAGACGCAGAAGCCUUCGAUGUGGGACUAUGUCGAGGUGCUGCGCGACCUUCGCGUCGUGGUCAUGAUCUUCCAAUAUUCC